GGGCGCGGGGGCGGGGCUCGAGGCGCUCGCGGCUGCUGCCUGGGAGGGAGGCCGGGCAGGCGGCUGAGCGGUGCAGCUCUCAACCUGACGGGGAAGUGGCCCGGGCGGCAGCGGCUGAUUGCCCCAGAGCGGGCGCACGGAUCGACGGACCACGGAGGCGGGGGCUGGGAGUGGAGCCGGGCGACCGUGAGCGCGAGCCGGUCAGGCUCAGCGUCGGCCACUCUAUCGGUCCGCUGAAUGAAGUGCCCGCCCCGCCGCUGAGACAGGAGCCGGGUGCUUUCCCCGCAAGAUGGACGGUUUCGCCGGCAGCCUCGAUGAUAGUAUUUCUGCUGCAAGUACUUCUGAUGUUCAAGAUCGCCUCUCAGCUCUUGAGUUACGAGUUCAACAACAAGAAGAUGAAAUCACUGUGUUAAAGGCAGCUUUGGCUGAUGUUUUGCGACGCCUUGCAAUUUCUGAAGAGCAUAUAGCCUCAGUGAAAAAAUCUGUCCCAAGUAAAGGCCAGCCAGGCCUUCGAGAAGCUAUUUCGAUGUCCUGUAUUACCAAUGGAAGUGGUGCAAACAGAAAACCAAGUCAUACCAGUUCUGUCUCAAUUGCGAGGAGAGAAACGCUUUCAUCUGCUGCUAAAAGUGGUACAGAAAAAAGGAAAGAAAAACCACAAGGACAGAGAGAAAAAAAAGAGGAAUCUCAUUCUAAUGAUCAAAGUCCACAAAUUCGAGCAUCACCUUCUCCCCAGCCCUCUUCUCAGCCUCUCCAAACACACAGACAAACUCAAGAAAGCAAGAAUUCUACUCCCACCAAAAGCAUAAAGCGACCAUCAACAGCUGAAAAAUCACAUAAUUCAUGGGAAAAUUCAGAUGAUAGUCGUACUAAAUUAUUGAGGGCAGUUUCUUCAUCAAAGUUGAUAUCAAAAGUUAUAAAAAAUACAGACAAACAUAAAGAUGUCAUCAUCAACCAAGAAGGAGAAUAUGUUAAAAUGUUUAUGCGAGGUCGGCCAAUUACAAUGUUUAUUCCUUCUGAUGUUGACAACUAUGAUGACAUCAGAACAGAAUUGCCUCCUGAGAAGCUCAAACUGGAGUGGGCAUAUGGUUAUCGAGGAAAAGACUGUCGAGCUAAUGUUUACCUUCUUCCUACUGGGGAAAUAGUUUAUUUCAUAGCAUCAGUCGUAGUACUAUUUAAUUAUGAGGAGCGAACUCAACGACACUACCUGGGUCAUACAGACUGUGUGAAAUGCCUUGCUAUACAUCCUGACAAAAUUAGGAUUGCAACUGGACAGAUUGCUGGAGUGGAUAAAGAUGGAAGGCCUCUGCAACCCCAUGUCAGAGUGUGGGAUUCAGUUAGUCUAUCCACACUGCAAAUUAUUGGACUUGGAACCUUUGAGCGUGGAGUAGGAUGCCUGGAUUUUUCCAAAGCAGAUUCAGGUGUUCAUUUAUGUGUUAUUGAUGACUCCAAUGAACAUAUGAUUACUGUGUGGGAUUGGCAGAAAAAAUCUAAAGCAGCAGAAAUAAAGACAACAAAUGAAGUUGUUUUGGCUGUGGAGUUUCAUCCAACAGAUGCAAAUACCAUAAUAACAUGUGGUAAAUCUCAUAUUUUCUUUUGGACAUGGAGUGGCAAUUCACUAACAAGAAAACAGGGAAUUUUUGGGAAAUAUGAAAAGCCAAAAUUUGUGCAGUGCUUGGCAUUCUUAGCGAAUGGAGAUGUUCUUACUGGCGACUCAGGUGGAGUCUUACUUAUAUGGAGCAAAACUACUAUAGAACCCACACCUGGGAAAGGACCUAAAGGUGUUUAUCAGAUCAGCAAACAAAUCAAAGCUCAUGAUGGCAGUGUAUUCACACUUUGUCAGAUGAGGAAUGGGAUGUUAUUAACUGGAGGAGGGAAAGACAGAAAAAUAAUUCUGUGGGAUCAUGUUCUGAAUCCAGAAAGAGAAAUAGAGGUUCCUGAUCAAUAUGGAACAAUCAGAGCUGUAGCAGAAGGAAAGGCAGAUCAAUUUUUAGUAGGCACUUCAAGAAACUUUAUUUUGCGGGCAACAUUUAAUGAUGGCUUCCAAAUAGAAGUACAGGGUCAUACUGAUGAGCUUUGGGGUCUUGCCACACAUCCCUUCAAAGAUUUGCUCUUGACGUGUGCUCAGGACAGACAAGUGUGCAUGUGGAACUCAGUGGAACACAGGCUGGAGUGGACCAGGCUUGUAGAUGAACCAGGACACUGUGCUGAUUUUCAUCCAAGUGGCACAGUGGUGGCCAUAGGAACGCACUCAGGCAGGUGGUUUGUCCUAGAUGCAGAAACUAGAGACCUAGUUUCUAUCCACACAGAUGGAAAUGAGCAGCUCUCUGUGAUGCGAUACUCCUUAGAUGGCACCCUGCUGGCUGUAGGCUCUCAUGACAACUUUAUUUACCUCUAUGCAGUCUCAGAAAAUGGAAGAAAAUAUAGCAGAUAUGGAAAGUGCACUGGACAUUCCAGCUAUAUCACACACCUUGACUGGUCUCCAGACAAUACAUACAUAAUGUCUAACUCAGGAGACUAUGAGAUAUUGUACUGGAACAUUCCAACUGGCUGCAAACUAAUCAGGAAUCGAUCAGAGUGCAAGGACAUCGAUUGGACAACAUAUACCUGUGUACUAGGCUUUCAGGUUUUUGGUGUAUGGCCAGAAGGAUCCGAUGGGACGGACAUCAAUGCACUCGUGCGAUCCCACAACAGGAAGGUGAUAGCUGUUGCUGAUGACUUUUGCAAAGUCCAUCUGUUUCAGUAUCCCUGCUCCAAAGCAAAGGCUCCCAGUCACAAAUACAGUGCCCACAGCAGCCAUGUCACCAACGUCAGCUUUACUCAUAAUGACAGUCACCUGAUUUCAACCGGUGGGAAAGACAUGAGCAUCAUUCAGUGGAAACUUGUGGAGAAGUUAUCUUUGCCUCAGAAUGAGGUUGUAGCAGAUACUACUCUAACCAAAGCCCCCAUCUCUUCCACUGAAAGUACCGUGCAUGCUGAUACUCCCACACCACCUCCUUCCCAGUCCUUAAAUGAGACAGUUGAAGAAGAAAGCAGAAUAAGCAAUUCACCCACACUUCUGGAAAACAGCCUGGAACACACUGUGGAACCCAGUGAAGAACACAGUGAGGAGCAAAGUGAAGAAGGCAGUGAAGACCUCGGCGAGCCUGCUUAUGAAGAGCCAGCCAAUGAACUGAGUGAGGAGCAGAGUGAAGCAGCUCUUACUGAAGAUGAGCAAGAUUCCUCACCUCUAUCCUAACUGCAGGACUUCAGCACAACUGUCUUUCUCCUUCACCUGCAUGUGAUCUUGUGAUAAAGUUCAGCUAACAGGCCGGAAAGUGAUAGAAAAUCACUGUUGAUUGAGAUUUUAGUUUCCAUGUCAUCUGUUGUCUUUAAUAGUCAUCUUCAGUCUCCAUGCAGCCGGCCUCAAGGUUCAGUUUGGUUGGUGAGAGUUGAAAAUUAACCAAACUUCACAGUAGGAAAAAACAAACAUUAAUUAUUAUGUCUCAGAAAUUACUGUGUAUGUAAGUGGUAUCGUGUAAAUACUGGAAACAAAAACAGCAGUUGUAUUGAUUUAAAAUAGACCACUUGUUAUCUGAACCUGUUUUCUUCAGGAACAACCCGGAGGCAUCACAAACACUGUUACUCAUCUACUGGCUCAGGCUGUGCUACCAUUUUUCCCCCUGAUGUACAAAAAAGAAAUCAGAAAAAAACAAAAUUGCUCUGAGAUAUCCUUUCAUCCCCAAGUGUCUGGUGUAAAUUUUUUAAUUAAGAAAAAUUUCAGUAUUGCCAACCACAAUGGUGUUGCCUUCUUGGAUAAUGAUGACAUUUUCCUACACUACCAGUAGCUGUCCAGAUGUGCUUGUUAGUCUACUAUAUCGGUGCUGCCUUUCUUAAGUCACAAUGAGGAACAGUUCGUUUCAUCUAAGAACUAAGAAAGCAAUGGUUUGUUAAAGAGCUUUUAAUGUAUAUUAAGUCACUGAUACUCAGAAAUAAGUGAUUCCUCCAAGGAUUCCUUUACUGGCCUAACAUUUUCAAAUGUUUGGUAUUCAAGUGAGUGGAAGAAGAAAAACCGCAUGCCUAUAAAACUAAACUGUAAUAAUCACUUGGCUAAUUUUAGUUUAGCCUUCUAAUUUGUCCCUUUGAUAAGAGAAACAUAAGUACAGUAAGUUUAAAUGAUAGAACUGGUGCUUGAAAUUUAUUGGUUUAGUUGUAAUUUUUAUACAGAUUAAUUAUAUUGAGAUAAAAUACUCAACAAAUUGCAGAUUCUUUUUUAUAAAGUGAGUAACAGUCACAGUAGUUUUUUAUAAACUGCAUACUUAACAGACUUGCUACAUACAGUAAUUUCCUCUGGUAGAAUUGCUAUGCCUUGCGAGUCUAACGUGGCUAUCCUCUGCUGUUUUCGGUAAUGCAUGUAUCAUUAUGCAUUGGAUAGCUGGGUUUUUUUUUAAAGUUUUGUCAGACAACUGUUUUUCUUAUGUAUUUCCUACUAUAAAAAUAAUUACUGACAAAUAUGCAUUUCCUAUACUUGUUUGUACUUUUGAGUAUAAAAAAACUUCAUUUUGAAUUUAUUUUUUAACUUGCUACAUUGUUUUGAUAUUUUUUCUUUGGUUAGGUUAUGUUUAGAAACUUUGGAUGAGUUCAGAAGUCUUAAGUAUGCAAGUGUUUACUGAUUGUGCCAUUCCAAAGUGCAACGGAACUGUCAUUCCCUUCUAGUAUCUUCUCAGGAGUAAUACAAAUCAGGUAUUUCAUCAUCAUUUGGUAAUAUACAAACUCCAGUGAACGCCCAAGAACACAUUUAUAUUCACAAUACUGUAUGUAAGGGUGGGGGUGUGUGAAGCGGUGAGUAUGGACUUUCUGUGUUUGUUUGUAUCUAAGACAUAUGCCACAUUGAAAAUACUCAGUGUUUAUCUCUGUGUGUAUAGAUAUAUGUCCAUGUAUAUCUCUUUCUUUUGUUUACAACUGUUUUAAAAAAAAAAAAAACCUCAAUGUAGUUCUCUUUGAGAGAAGAGAGAUAGAUUCCAAGCAACCCACCUUUUUUUCAUUAUGUUCUGUACAUAGUUAUUCAGAGAGCAUCAGUGUCAGGCACAUAUAUUUGCCUAUUAGCAAUGGUGAUUAAAAUUAUCAGGUCAACAUGUGCUGUUCCCUGUUAAGAAAAAUACUAUGAGAUGAACAAGUAGUUCUAGGAGUAUAAGGAGCAUUUCCUUAAGUACCUGGGGAAUACAGCUCUCCCUUUAAGCAGGGAGUUUAUCUGGGGACAUCAGUUACCUUGGGGGUUGCUGUAUACAAUGAGAUUUUUAUCGUGAUACUCUUGGGUGGUAGUUUCCAAAGACACUACUAAUACGCAGAAAGCGUUCCAGCUCUCUAUUGCUGGCAACUACUGUUUAAUGGUCAAUUAAAUCUGUGAUAAUGGUUGGAAGUGGGUGGGAAUAUAAAAUUGUAGAUGUUUUUAGAAAAACUUGUGAAUGAAAAUGAAUCCAAGUGUUUCAUGUGAAGAUGUUGAGCCAUUUCUAUUAUGCAUUCCUGUCUCUUGGCAGAAAAUAUUGAAGAUUAAAAAUAAUCAAAAUGUCUC